AUGGAAAAUGUUCAGAGCAAGGAAAAACCUAUUGGGGAAAACGAAAGCGAGGAGGGAAUAGGUACAGAGUCGAGAUCUACACUGAAUAUGAGUUUGGAGACGGUGAAAAGUUUUGUUCUAAGGUUGAAGAACAGAAAGGCGCCUAGCGCAGAUGAGAUAACCAACGAAUUCAUCAAGUAUGGGAGGGAACUCCUACUCCAACAGAUAACACUACUAGAGAAAAUCUAUAAUACAGGAAGAAUGCCGAAAGCCUGGAAAUCCAACAUCACCAUCUCCAUAUUUAAUAAAAGCAACAAGAAAAUACCCCAAAACUACAGGGGAAUAAUACUGCUGAGUGCCAUGUUAAAGCUCAUGACCAGGAUCAUAACAGAGUACAUCGGCAACCAAAUCCUCAUAUCCGAAGAACAACAGAGCUUCAGAGCUAUCGAAUUCAACAAGUCGGCCUACCUAUGCUUUGUUGACCUGACACAAGCAUUUGAUAGAAUCCAACUAAAGGACGUACUGAACGUACUACGCGAGAACAGGGUGGAUACGAAAGUAAUAAAACUGAUCAAAGAAAUGAACACCGAGAACACUACUAAAAUCAGAACGGACUGUGGAAGUCACUGA